CCAUAACCAGUUAUAGAUCAAAGAUGACUCCAUCAGGUCAAUUUGGGGACACAACGUAUACAAAGGUGUUUGUUGGGGGUUUAGCUUGGGAGACUCAAAAGGAAACCAUGAAGAAAUAUUUUGAACAAUUUGGUGAUAUCUUAGAAGCUGUUGUUAUCACUGAUAAGGCUACUGGAAGAUCCAAAGGCUAUGGAUUUGUAACAUUUCGUGAGGCAGAAGCAGCGAUGAGGGCUUGUGUUGAUGCUGCUCCUGUUAUUGAUGGAAGAAGAGCUAACUGCAAUCUUGCUUCCAUGGGAGUUCAAAGAUCUAAACCAACUACCCCUAAACAUGGAGGAGGAGGCAGGAACUUACGGGUGAUGAGUGGUUUUCAUGGAGGGUUUCAAACAGCAACAGCUUUUCCUUCAGCAACAACCUUCCCUCAUUAUGCUAUCCAACAAGGGAUACCUUACAAUCUUUAUGGGUACUCUCCCUACUCGCCAGAUUACACAUACCCUACGGGUUACUAUAGUGUGUAUGGAGGAGGAAAUAGUCAAUAUGGAGUGUAUGGGAGUGCAGCUACUGCUAGUGGUGUGUUAUCAAGUGCAGCUGCUGCAUUUUACCCAUACAUGAAUUUUGGUGAAGGAAAUGGCAAUGGCUGCUACACACCCAGCCAGGGCUAUGGUGUUCAGUACCCACACCAUCUCUUCCCCUAUUCUGCUGCUGCUGCUGCUGGUCCUGGUUACCCAACACAGCACUAUGGUACCCCAAUUUCCCUAGCUCCAUCACCUGCGCUGCAUUCAGGCGUGACAAUGACUCUGCGUGCACCGAUUCCUCAUCAUUAAGAGAUCUAGAUGGUAUAAUUGUCAAGAGAGAUCGAUACAACAUUGAUCUAUAAAAUGCCUCCCUCCGUGAAGGAUCUUUGGCCUAACCAUGGUUCUCUUGCAUCUUUCUCUUUCUCAAUUAAUGGAAGGAAGCCCGCGUAUGGAACAAGGGCUUCUCCACAUAGGGUGUGGAGUAAAAUUUAAUCAAUCUCCACAUUUCCAUUUCUUCUCUUGUAAGGAAAGGCUCCUUCAAGAGAAACAAAGCAUUGCAUAUGCAUC